AUGAGCGUUACUAGCAAAAAUAGCGCGGCAGGGCGCCACGAGUUUCUGCCGGAAAACACGCCUUCCUAUCUCGUGGACGGAAACCCGGAAUUCCGCAAAAGGGCGCGGAAUACCAUCUCCCAGGCGGUCCGAAAAUUCAUAAAGGAUGCGCAGGAGCAGGAUGGGCGGCACGAAAUCUGCCAAGAGGCCGUCGGCAGAUUCUUGGAACUGAUGCGAUUGCGAUUCCUAGACAACGCGAUACCGGAGCAUCGCAUAGGAGGGCUUAUCGGACUCGCAGCGGCUGCAAUAGCGCUUGAAGAAUACCUGGACGAUCAUGCCGACGCAUUCAUACAUGUGGCAUUGCCGUACUUCACGGAUCAAGAUUCCGCAGUGCGCUACUAUGCCUGCGAGUCGCUCUUCAACAUCUUCAAAAAAGCGCCAGAUGCGGUAACGCGCAAUUUCUCGGAGAUAUUUGACGGCGUCUGCAAGUUAUGCUGCGAUAUAGAUGACGAUGUGCGGCAGACAUCGGAGCUCAUGAGCCGCCUCGUGAAGGAUAUCAUACUGCAGAACGGAAACCACACGGUGGAGAUGGUGGUCAACCUGGUGGCAAGCCGGAUGCACGUCACCAACUCGUUUGUGCGGAUGCUGCUGUGGAAACGUUUAACAGAUAUCGUGGAUAACAGCGCUCAACGCGGUGCCGAGUACGUUAUAACGAAUAGUAGAAUCCAUGAAGACGCAGAUGUUGAUAUGUUGGAACACCUCCCAAAGCUGUACAUCGGGCUUCUCAACAUGCUGGUGGAUAGCAACAAGUUAGUUAUGAUGCAUGUAAGCUGCAUGGGUCUCAGAGACGUAAGGGGCGGGGCAGAGCUCUGCCUAGCAGAAUUCCUGUCGCUGUUCAAAAAGACGUUUGCCACGAAGACCAACAUCGUAAACGAAGCGUUGUUCAAGGCAGUGCUCAUCAACACCAAGCGCAGCGAGUACAUCGUGAAGAAAAACAACAUAGGAUGGAUACGGGAGCUCGCCUGCCUACAGCCUCAAUUGAUCCACUUUGAGGGGUUUCCGCAGCUAUUGAGAGCGGUUAUAAUGUCAAUAGCCGAUCAGAACGCAGAUGUCAGUGCAUGUGCCCAGGAAGCGAACAAGCAGCUGUUUAUGACGGCGAAAGAGCAAAGGAGCGUUUCGAACGUCAAACAGAUCACCAAAGAGCUCACGGAAAUAGUGGAAUUACCCGUGACCCACGUGGUCAUGCUAACGGUUCUGCAGUGGCUGACGCUGCUCCUGGAACUCAAACCACGCGUGAUGAAGGACGCGCUGCCGGUCGUGACUAGAGCUAUCGUGUUGUGCUUCAAGCAGAGCGACUCCGAGCCCAUCAUGGAGGCCACGCUCAAGGCGAUCAUACUGGUGGUGGAACUGGGGGAACAGAAUUUCGAGCUCGUAUCGCAACAUCUAUUAGAGCUAUUCAAGAGUGAUGACGCACUGCUGGAGGAGAGGGGCAACCGCAUCAUCAUCAACGUCUGCAAACAGAUAGGUUUCGAGAAAUUCUACAAGAUAACUGCGGAGUGCCUCGCGUUGUAUGCCGAAGCGGACUUCCUUAGGCGGAUCGUUCAUACCCUCAAUUGGACGCUGCUCACGUCGGAGGAUGCGAGGACGAUGAGGAAGUUGCUCUUGACUGCAGAGGGUGAAUCCUUGGGUACCUUGUUGCAGAAGUGCUGGGAACACAACCUAUCGUCAGCGUUGGCACUGGCGCUAUGGCGCGAAAAAUACAAACUAGCCAACGAAAUUGUACAACAAAUAGCCGACUCCAAUUUUGAUGUGGAGUUCUGGCUGUGGACAGACAGCCUCGUCCAACUGUUCGACACGCACGUGUUCAUGAAAAUGCGGCUACACCUGUUAAAGCCGACUCAACACAACGACCUGUUACAGGCCCUGCUGGGGCUGUCGAUGUUGCUACCGCAGAGCGAAACCAAUAAGCAGCUGAUGCGCAGGCUCAGCAUAUCGCAAUUCGCACAAAUAGGGGAGCAGCUGGCCAUGAUGAACAUGCGUGGGACUUGA